AUGGCGCCGGUGGCUGUGCUUGUGCCGUGGCUAGCAUGGCUCGUCGUCUCUUUCCUCUCCGUCUACCUCCUCAACCUCCUCUCUCGAGCGCGCUCCGGCCUCCCGCCGGGCCCCCGCCCGCUGCUGCUCAUCGGCAGCCUCCACCUCCUCGGCGACAAGCCGCACCGCUCCCUUGCCCGUCUGGCCAAGGUCCACGGCCCGCUCAUGUCCCUGCGCCUCGGCGCGGUCACCACGGUGGUCGUUUCCUCCCCCGCCAUGGCCCGGGAGUUCCUGCAGCGGCACGACUCCGCGUUCGCCGCCCGGUCCGUGCCCGACGCCACCGGCGAGCACGCGGCGGGCUCCGUGGCCUGGCUGCCCCCUGCGCCGCGGUGGCGCGCGCUGCGCAAGAUGAUGGCCACGGAGCUGUUCGCCCCGCACCGGCUCGACGCGCUGCGCCACCUGCGAAGCGAAAAGGUGCGGGAGCUCGUGGACCACGUCGCGCGGCUGGCGCGCGAGGGCGCGCCCGUGAACGUUGGCCGCGUGGCCUUCACGACGAGCCUGAACCUCCUCUCCCGCACCAUCUUCUCCGCCGACCUGACGAGCCUCGACGACCGCGGCCGCUCGGAGGAGUUCCAGCAGGUGGUGACGGCCAUCAUGCAGGCCCUGGGGAGCCCCAACGUGUCGGACUUCUUCCCGCUGCUCGCGCCGGCCGACUUGCAGGGCACGCGCCGGCGGCUGGCGCGGCUGUUCGCGCGGCUGCACGCGGUGUUCGACGCCGAGGUGGACGGGAGGCUGCGCGGCCGCGACGCCGGCCAGCCGAGGAAGAACGACUUCCUCGACGCGCUGCUCGACGUGGCGGCGCGUGAGGACGGCAAGGACCUGCUGGACCGCCAGACGCUACGAUCACUUUUCACGGAUUUGUUCUCUGCUGGUAGUGACACAAGCUCUAGCACAGUGGAAUGGGCAAUGGCAGAGCUUCUCCAAAAUCCAUCAUCAAUGUCUAGAGCUUGCAACGAGCUUGCAGAAGUUAUUGGAUCCAAAAGAAACAUUGACGAAGAUGAUAUUGUUCGGUUGCCCUAUCUCCAAGCUGUCAUAAAAGAGACUUUUAGACUUCAUCCUCCUGGCCCGUUCCUGUUGCCACGGAAACAGAGAGAACACUGA